CUCCGCAGUUUCCCCGCAGGAGAAAGCAGUAUUCCAAGGGGCAUCUACACACUGUGGAGCUCAAGAUGGUCCUGAGUGGGGCUCUGUGCUUCCGAAUGAAGGAUUCAGCAUUGAAGGUGCUUUAUCUGCAUGAUAACCAGCUUCUAGCUGGAGGGCUGCAUGCAGGGAAGGUCAUUAAAGGUGAGGAGAUCAGCGUUGUCCCCAAUCGAUGGCUGGAUGCCAGGCUAUCCCCAGUCAUACUGGGCGUCCAGGGAGGGAGCCAGUGCCUGUCGUGUGGGACGGGGCAGGAACCGACCCUGACAUUAGAGCCAGUGAACAUUAUGGAGCUCUACCUCGGUGCCAAGGAAUCCAAGAGCUUCACCUUCUACCGGCGGGACAGGGGGCUCACCUCCAGCUUCGAGUCGGCCACCUACCCGGGCUGGUUCCUCUGCACAGCGCCUGAAGCCGACCAGCCUGUCAGCCUCACCCAGCUUUCUGAGAAUGCCGAUUGGGAUGCUCCGAUCACGGACUUCUACUUCCAGCAGUGUGACUAGGGCUUCGUGCCCCCCAGAAUCCCCUAGGCAGAGCCAGCUUGGGCAGGAGAUUGGUGUAGAAGGAGACCUGUGGGCGACCACCCCUCUGCUCUCAGGGCCCCUACCUCUGGCUUGCUGGGCACCAACUACUUCUCCUGGUUCCUAGUUUGGGUAAAUUCUGAGAUUUGAGCCUCAGUCCACAGUUACCUCCCCCAUUGGGUGUUGCUACUGGUGUGGAAACUUGUAAAAACUGCAUGGGACAAACUGGGAGACACAUAAAAAGAUUUAAAGGGGGUGGGGUGGGGGGAGUGGUGGGA